AUGGCCCUAGUAUCGGGCCCUGGUAGAGCCGGGGUCAGCCCCGCAGACUCUGAACUACACACCUCAAAGCAUGUUACUUACAUCAAGAACCUGGACACUCGGAAAGAUGAGCUGGAAUAUUGGCUGACCGAGCACCUACGACUAAAUGGUGUAUAUUGGGGUCUUACAGCCCUGCAUAUCCUAGGUCAUCCGGAUACCUUACCUCGAGAUGAGACCAUCGACUUUGUCCUUUCAUGCCAAAAUGAGAAUGGAGGCUUCGGUGCUGCCCCGGGUCAUGAUGCCCAUAUGUUAUAUACUGUCUCUGCCGUUCAGAUUCUCGUAACCAUUGAUGCUGUGGAUGAACUUGAGAAGCGGGGUCGAGGCGGCAAGGAGAAAGUUGGGUCUUUCAUUGCAAACCUACAAAAUGCAGAUGGCUCCUUCAUGGGAGACCAGUGGGGCGAAACAGAUACCCGAUUCUUAUAUGGUGCCCUCAAUGCCUUGUCACUGUUGCGUCUGAUGGACCUAGUCGAUGUCCCCAAAGCCGUUGCUCACAUUCAAAGUUGUGAGAACUUGGAUGGAGCUUAUGGCAUUCGUCCCGGUGCCGAGUCCCACGCUGGCCAGGUGUUUACUUGCAUUGGUGCGUUGGCCAUCGCUGGUCGCUUAGACUUGGUGAAUAAAGAUCGACUCGGAGCUUGGCUCAGCGAGCGCCAGAUCGAAAGCGGUGGUUUCAAUGGUCGACCAGAGAAGCUUGCAGAUGCCUGCUAUAGCUGGUGGGUAGGAUCAAGCCUUGCCAUGAUCGACCGUCUGCACUGGAUCGAUGGCGAGAAGCUCGCCGCAUUUGUCCUACAAUGCCAGGACCCCGAUGCUGGUGGCUUUGCUGAUCGACCGGGAAAUAUGGUGGAUGUGUAUCACACACACUUCAGCCUUGCGGGGCUGAGCUUACUGAAAUUCAAUGGCCUCGAAGAAAUAGAUGCUGUUUAUUGCAUGCCUAAGUCAAUCACCACCAAAUGCCUUGCCGGGUAG